AUGAAGACGGAUUUCAAGUUCUCAAACCUUCUCGGAACUGUCUAUAGCAGGGGCAAUCUGGUCUUCAGCCCAGAUGGCACCGACCUGUUCUCGCCCGUGGGCAAUCGAGUGACCGUCUUCAACCUGGUUGACAAUAAAUCUUACACACUCCCUUUUGCCCACCGAAAGAACAUUGCGAGGAUAGGGCUCACGCCCCAGGGCAAUUUGCUCCUUACGAUCGACGAAGAUGGCCAGGCCAUACUGACCAACAUCGCCCGACGCAUCGCCAUAUACAACUUUUCCUUCAAAUCUGGUGUCACAGCACUCUCAUUCUCCCCGUCUGGUCGUUACUUUGCCGUCGGUCUCGGUCGCAAACUCGAAGUAUGGCACGUUCCAUCCACCCCGGAUGCGCAUCCGGACGGCGAGCUGGAGUUUGCGCCCUUUGUCAAACACCAUACACACACCGGUCACUUCGACGAUGUACGGCAUAUCGAAUGGUCUAGUGAUUCGCGAUUCUUCCUUAGCGCUUCGAAAGAUUUGACAGCAAGAAUAUGGAGCUUGAAUCAGGAGGAAGGCUUUAUACCAACAGUCCUGUCAGGUCAUAGGCAAGGUGUUGUGGGCGCCUACUUCUCGAAAGAUCAAGAGACAAUAUACACCAUCAGCAAGGACGGUGCUGUUUUCGAUUGGAAAUAUGUCGCUUCAAAACAAGACAAUGAUGAAAUGGACGACGAGGAACAGGAGAGAGAUUUGCGCUGGAGAAUAGUCAACAAGCACUACUUCAUGCAGAACAAUGCUCACCUCAAGUGCGCCGCCUAUCACGCCGAUUCGAACCUCCUAGUCGCGGGCUUCUCAAACGGAAUAUUCGGUUUAUAUGAGAUGCCUGAUUUCAACAUGAUCCACACGCUGAGCAUAUCGCAAAACGACAUCGAUUUUGUCACUAUCAACAAGACGGGAGAAUGGUUAGCUUUUGGGGCCUCAAAGCUGGGCCAGCUCCUGGUCUGGGAGUGGCAAUCUGAGUCCUACAUUUUAAAGCAACAAGGCCACUUUGAUUCCAUGAACUCUCUCGUCUACUCGCCUGAUGGUCAACGAAUCAUCACGACAGCAGAUGAUGGCAAAAUCAAAGUCUGGGACAUUGAAUCCGGCUUUUGCAUUGUGACUUUUACGGAACAUACCAGCGGCGUUACGGCGUGCGAAUUCACAAAAAAGGGCAACGUUCUCUUCACAUCUAGCUUGGACGGAUCAAUAAGAGCCUGGGAUCUCAUCAGAUACCGAAACUUUAGGACAUUCACAGCCCCUACGAGGCUUUCAUGGUCAUGUAUGGCCGUGGAUCCAAGUGGAGAAGUGGUGGCCGCUGGCUCUCUCGACUCUUUUGAUAUCCACAUCUGGUCAGUCCAGACGGGUCAGCUUUUGGACCAGCUUGCAGGACAUGAGGGACCUGUAUCGUCCCUUGCGUUUGCUCCAAAUGGCAACACACUGAUCAGCGGAAGCUGGGAUCGCACAGCGAGAAUAUGGUCCAUUUUUGACAGGACACAAACAAGUGAGCCGCUGCAGUUGCAGGCAGAUGUUCUGGACGUUGCGAUCAGGCCGGACUCGACACAAUUCGCCGUAUCGACCUUGGACGGCCAGCUGACCUUCUGGUCCGUGACAGAGGCACUGCAAGUCUCGGGUCUAGACGGCCGACGGGAUGUCUCUGGUGGCCGCAAAAUUGGUGACCGGAGAACAGCCGCCAACGUAGCUGGGACCAAGGCAUACAACAGCAUAAAAUAUAGCACAGAUGGCACCUGUCUGCUCGCAGGUGGCAACAGCAAGUAUAUCUGCUUGUACUCGGUCACGACAAUGGUGCUUCUCAAAAAGUUCACAGUCAGCGUCAACCUGUCAUUAUCAGGCACGCAAGAAUUUCUGAACAGCAAGCUCUUGACAGAAGCCGGCCCGCAGGGUGAGCUUGACGACCAAGGAGAGGCCUCCGACCGGGAAGACCGCAUUGAUAAAUCGCUUCCGGGCUCGAAGCGAGGAGAUCCAUCAUCCAGGAAGAACAUGCCCGAGGUGCGGGUGUCGGGCGUCUCCUUCUCGCCAGCCGGCACAGCAUUCUGCGCAGCAUCGACCGAGGGUCUGUUGAUUUACAGCCUCGACAAUGUUCUUCAAUUCGAUCCAUUCGAUCUGAACAUGGAGAUUACGCCGGCAGCGACACUGGCUGUGUUGGAAGACGAGAAGGACUACCUCAAAGCACUGGUCAUGGCUUUCCGCCUCAACGAGGCUGGCCUGAUCAAGCGAGUCUUUCAAGCCAUCCCGUACCAGGAUAUCUCGUUGGUCGUGGAGGAGAUGCCUGUGGUCUACGUCCCAAGACUCCUCCGCUUCGUCGCUGCCGAGACGGAGCAGUCACCGCACAUAGAGUUCUGUCUGCUCUGGAUCAAGGCCUUGGUGGACAAGCACGGCGCCUGGCUAACGGCCAACAGAGGCAAGAUCGACAUGGAACUGCGGGUCGUCAACCGGGCUGUGACGAGGAUGAGGGAUGAGAUCCGUAAGUUGGCUGACGAGAACGUCUACAUGGUGGACUAUCUCCUUGGUCAAGCUGAGAAUAAGGACGUUUCGCAGGAUGGCAAGGCGCUUACCUUUUCGCUCGGUGGCGAGAACGGCACAAAUCUACUGACUGCUGGUCAGGAGGGGGUGACUAUUACUGAUCUUGUAAACGAGGAAGAAUCUGAGGAAGAAUGGAUCGGCGUGGAAUAG